UACUCAGGUGCAGUUAGAAAUUUCACCAAACGACAGUAUUAUGACAAUGAGUGCCCGAUUCCAAAUAUGAAUGCUAGAUAUAGCGCGAGAAAGAUUAAAAUUUAUAGUAAGCAAAACAAUAGCAACCAAGUCAAUCCAAGAUAUUUACUCAAAAACGUUCGGAAUAAAAGAUAUUCCAAAUUUUUGGCGUCUGGCGACAUUCUCAGCAACUUUGCCUAUUGACGUAUGAAUGGAAAAGCUACUAUUGCUUGUGUAUUUGAAAACAACUAGACUAGCUUAAAAUAAAAUUUGAUGUGCCAAUAAUACCUAUUUAUUUAUUCUUAGUUUCGUAUUGUUUUAAUGAAAGUUUAAAUCUGUCCGGCGAAUAUAUUUUUCUACACGAUGGAGUUCGAAAACGUUUUGAAUCGCCUUGGAAAAUUCGGUUCUUUUCAAAAGAGAGUUUGUGUGAUGCUGUUUUUUGCAGGAAUUCCAAAUGCAUUUCCCAAUAUCAUGUUCACUUAUACACAAUACCAACCAAAGUUUCAUUGUGCUGUACCACCCGCCUUUGGCAACGUUUCAAAGAAUUCCACUGAAUAUGAACAACUUCUCAACCUGACUGUACCGUGGGAAAGUGAUGGACUUGGUGGAAUGAGGAGAAGUGAAUGCGAGAUGUUCGAUAUGGCUUUCCACAAUCAAACGAAUUCCUCGUUUUCCUGGGAACCCAAGAAGGUACCAUGUACCAAUGGUUGGGAAUACGAAAACAUGGAUACGGUUACAUCAGAGUUCGAUUUGGUGUGCAAAGGGUCGUGGAAGCCUCCAUUUGUUAUAACACUUUACAUGAUAGGGAUGGCACUGGCAGCAUUUUCUGGAAUAUUGUCGGAUAAAUUUGGUAGACGACCUGUAUUCCUAUUCUUCACGUUUGGGCAAUUUUUGAUGACCGGUGUGACAGGAUUUUCUUGGAAUUUCGAAUCAUAUGCAAUUUCCACUCUUGUCGUUGGAUUCUUCGGAUUAGUUAAUUACGUCGUUUCCUAUGUUUUUGCCACGGAAAUGAUGGGAGUGAAAAGACAACUAAUGGUUGGAAUGUUGUGUUGUAUCGCUUACAGCGUUGGAUACACCAUGAGUCCUGUCUUGGGAUAUUUUUUUCCGAGCUGGAGAUGGUAUUUGAGGUCCAACGCAAUUCUCGGUCUAUUUUAUCUUCCGCUUCUCUGGUUUUUCCCAGAAUCUCUUCGUUGGUUAUUGGUGAGUGGAAGAGAAAAAGAAGCAAAACAACUGCUGAAAUAUAUAGCAGAUACGAAUGGAAAGUCUAUUGACGUUGAUGAUAUUUACAACAAGUUCCACAUUGCUUUAGAGGAAGCGAAGAGAUCAAAAGGGGCAUUAAUGGCGAAGAAACAUAUUGACAUGAAAAAAGAGUCGAAUUAUCUACAUUUACUUAAAAACCCGACGAUGAGAUUGAGAUGUGCUGUGCUGUGUCUAUCUUGGUUUGUCACGAGUUUAGUCUAUUUCGCCAUUUCACUCAACCCUUCUCAAUUGAGUGGAGAUCGGCUGAUGAACAUUUUCCUAUCCGGAAUUGUCGAACUUCCUUCAUUUGUAGUUUCGUUUAUACUGCCUGACAAAAUAGGUCGAAUUAGAACAUUGUUCUUCUUUCUCGUCACAAGUGGAUCUUGUUGUGUAAUUUCUCCUUUUCUCAGAGCAGAUUAUCCAAUUGUUACAACAGUCUUGGUAUUGACCGGAAAGUGUGCAAUUACUGGGGUAUUCAAUGUGGUCUAUCUCUUAGCUUCUGAAAUAUCUCCAACUUUGGUUCGUACAACUUCUUUAGGAGUAGCAUCUGUAUGCGCUCGGAUUGGUGGAAUAACAAUGCCUUAUUUGAUGUUUGUGGGUAAGGAGAAAAUGAUCAAAUUCGUUACGUUCCGUUCGUUGUCAUGGGAUCAUUAGCAUUGGUAACUGCAGUUUGCAACAUACUCUUCAUGCCUGAAACAGCGGGAGUUCCCAUGCCUAAUACAAUAAAUGAAGCAGUGGAGAACAAAAGGUAAAACAUUCAAACAACCUUACUGUAAUUAA